AGUUGGAGAGAGUAGCAUGUCUGUGUACGUGUACAUGUAUGUGUGUGUGCAUUCCAUUCCAUGACGCCCGCCAGUGGCUGAUAUUCCCAUGGAGGUUUUUCAUUUUUGAUGCCGCUUUUGUCACCAUCAACAAUUUUUAGGUUAUUCUUCCAUCAAUUCACACGUUUCUUCCUCUGCACGUAGCUUCAUCGCCGGCUUCCGAUCACCGAUGAGUUGUUCUGUUAUGCAGAAUUGUGGAAAUAACCUAUUUGAUUAAAAUGGAUGAAACUGGUGGUAAUGGAAGCUUACCGCCUUUAUCGAACUAUAGAUUGGGGAAAACCCUUGGUUUUGGAGCAUUUGGUAAAGUUAAAGUAGCACAGCAUGUCUUGACUGGGAUUAAAGUUGCCAUUAAAAUUCUUGAUCGACAAUCGAUCAAUGAUUCGGAUGGAGAAAGAGUUAGAAGAGAGAUUAAAAUAAUGAGGCUUCUUUCGCAUCCGCAUAUUGUUCGGCUGUAUGAAGUUAUAGAGACGCAAUCAACUAUAUAUGUAGUCAUGGAGUAUAUGAACUCAGGUGAACUGUUUGAUUAUAUAACUGAAAAUCGGAGACUUGAGGAGAAUCAUGCUCGCCAUUUCUUUCAACAGAUUAUUUCCGGUGUUGAGAGUUGCCACCUACACAUGGUGGUUCACCGCGAUCUUAAACCAGAAAACCUACUUCUUGACUCGAAAGGGAAUGUUAAAGUAGCUGAUUUUGGUCUUGCUAAUGUUAUGCGGGAUGGCCAUCUUCUAAAAACAAGCUGUGGUAGCCCAAAUUAUGCUUCUCCAGAGGUCAUCUCAGGACAUCUUUAUGCUGGUCCUGAAGUUGAUGUUUGGAGUUGUGGAGUUAUUUUAUUUGCUCUUCUCUCUAAUGGUCUUCCUUUUGAUGAUGAGAUAAUGACUGUCUUACUUGCAAAGAUUAAGAGUGGAAUAUACACAUGUCCUACUUACUUUUCUCGAGGAGCACGCGACUUAAUCAGACGGAUGCUUACUGUUGAUCCGGUCAACCGUAUAACUAUUCCUGAAAUAUACAGGCAUCCAUGGUUUCAAAUAAAUCUUCCACGAUACAUUGGAGACCACUCGAUUAAUACUUCCUGGAGUGCAAGAAAGGUUGAUGUUAGCGUUCUAGAAGAAAUGGAUGUCUUGGGAUUUAAUGUUCAAGAAGUGAUUGGAUCUUUGAAUAACUUGUGGCAAAAUCAGGCAACAGUUUCAUAUUCUAUACUAUUGCAUAGGCGCUUGAAUAACCUUAGUUCCCACGAAGACAAUCUUCUAGGAUCCUUGCCAGUGGAAGGCACCGAUCGGCGAGAUAUCUAUGUAAGGCCAGUUUUUCCUGUUCAAGGCAAGUGGGUGCUUGGAUUUAAGUCUUGUUCAUCGCCACAUGAAACUAUGCGAGAUGUUUUAACCGUCUUUAAGAGAUUAAAUGUACAAUGGAAGAAGAUCGGGCCCUACAACGUGAAAUGUCUGUGGAAGCCAGCAGUUCAAAGGUUUUCUCUGCCAAUGGGUAUGAAUGGAAUAACUCUAAGAGACGACACCAAUGGUGUGAAUGCAGCACCACUCAAGACCUCAAAGAAUGAAUCAUUUAGUUUGUGUGAUGAUGUCAAGUUUGAAAUUCAGCUUUACAAGGGCAGUGCAGAGACGUAUGUUUUGGAUUGGCAAAGAGUUUAUGGGGCUCCGUUUCUUUUCAUUGAAGUUUGUGCUGCAUUUCGAGCAUGUGUCAUUGCAUAACUUUGUUGUAUAGAUUUCUAUAACAUGUCCUUUCAAAUUUUUUAAAUAAAGCCUUACAUAA